AUGGCAUCACUGGCGACACUUUCGCAACUUCACACCACCACCGCAACAUCCGUGCUACCGUCAAUCAAGCUCGGCUUCAACGUGCACCGUUCUACCAUGGCAAUGUAUAGUUUCACCUCCUUUGAUAUCUACGUCAAGCCCGUCGUCACCGGCAACGACGUCAUCUUCGACGGCAAGGCUACGUUCGAGCAGGACGGCGUUACCCACAACUUCUACCUUAUCGAUGGCGUUCCCUUCCACGAAGUAGUUACCGGCAGCUCCGACUUAACUGCAUGCCUACCCGUCGAUAAUAUUCCAAGCGUGUCCGACAUUUUCGAAGCUGUCGCGUCCGCUACUCCCGUCUCCAACGUCAACACAGACCAAGAAAUAUCAUGUAACAAUGGCACGUGGCUCAGCACCACCUAUGCCGGGGAGCCUUAUGUACUGUGUACUACAGAAGCAGAGGCGAAUGGCGGCAACUUCAUUGUGUAUGGUGAAGACCUGAGUGUGUCGUUCGAGUUCUUGUCCGACGAGGUGAAUAUUACCAAGCCAGUGCACUCCCCAUCUAACUGCCAAGCAGCACCACACGACUCCGUGGAGUUAUCCUCACUGGAUCUCCUGUACGGAAUUACAUCGAAAAACUCACGCCGUGCUCUAACGGCAGAAGCCAGGACUGCACACCUCGCUAGUUCCACGUGUGCGUGUCGGGGAACUUCUCGUCCGUGUCUCUUCUUUCACGGCAUGGAUGUCACGAAGGAUGGAGGAAUCGUCGAUGAGUACUCGUUCUUUGGUGACAUCAAGAAACACGCUCCGUGCUGCUCGUCAUUUCACUUCGCUGUUCUAAACACGGUGGGCUACGAAUGUGAGGCUUCGGAGAUUAAUGAUCUGAUUGUUGUGGCUCACUCGAUGGGCAACAGCAUGCUUGCUGGCGCUCUAGCAAGCGGAAAAUGUUCGAUUGGUCGCAAUGUGGACUGGGUUGCGCUUAGCGGACCCAUGAAGGGCAGCAUGGGAUCCGAUUUUCUCUAUCAGGUUUGCGGUGUUGAUGGUAAUGCAGACACCAUUCUGUCCAAAUUCGGAGGUCUGGUCGGCCAAUGCCCGGGAACUACAACUCGUCGCUCACUAGUGUACGACGGUGGUGUCUACUGCGACACUGAGUGCUCACUUCGAUACGCUGCUGCUCGUGCCAUGCACAAGAAGUAUGUGACUGCAGGUGUAUGUGGCACGACAUCCAACGGACUUCUGUCAAAGGAGUACGCUGGACUGCUGGUUGGGGGCCUAAUUAUCCCGCACCACUCGUCCAACAACGACGGCAUUGUCGAGUUGCAGAGCUGUGUUGGCGAUUUGGACCCGUCAAAGUUCGACACUACGUAUGCCAGCACUUGGUACGCUGCGAAAUUAAACCAUGCAGACACGACGUUCCACAACGGCGAUGCAUUAUUCAGCAGUGCUCAGAAGCCUUUAAAGUGGUUCGAAUGUCUACUGUAG